UACAGUUUCGUCAAGAGCAUAGCUAGUAUUGAUAUGAAGUUUUGAAACCAAUGAAUUCUAAUGUUAUUAAAAGCUUAUCCAUGGACAUUGCAGUAAUAAUGGACGUUCCUUUUUGUUGGACCCUGAUGUUGAUGCUACUAAGUGAUAUGAUGAUGAAUCAUGUCGUAGAGGCAGUUUAUUUAGUUAGUUUAUUGUGCCGUCGAUGGCAUCAAAAGCCCAGUCACAAUUGUUUUCGAUUAAAAGAAACACUUGAUGGUUAAAAGUUUCAAAACCUUUUUCCAAUUCUUGACUUAGC